AUGUUCAAGUUGGUGCGGUUGACUAUCGGCUCCUGCAUCCCGUGUCUUAAGGCAAGAGCCACAAGGCAACACAACUACCUAGUCACUCAAGUCCAAACUCUACUGACUGAGGCUCUUUGGCAACUGGUUGGUAUAGAUAUCGCCGGACCAUAUGACCGACGACCGACUACAGCCUCAGUCACUCCUACCAGCAUUGAUGAGGCCGACAAGGACCACUACAUACUUUUGGUACACGACUACGUUAGUGGCUUCACUGUUGGACGUCCUAUGCGUAAUUGCAAGGCUGAGACUGUCGCUAACACACUAGACAGUGUCUUCUUGGAACAUGGUAGCCCUGCCGUACUACUUACGGAUCAUGAUCGUACUAUCCUAUCUAGUAAGGCUGUAAAGCUGAUACUAGCACGACAUGGUACCAGGCACUAUGUGCUCCCGAGUUAUUCAUACUAUCUGGGAUUUUGGGAAAGAGCGCACAAAGACUUCGUGGAGGUUACCCGUGCACUACAAGCAGGCAGACCCAUAACUGGCCCCGAUGCUCGUACUAGUGUUAUGGAGAAUGCUUAUAUCGCUGACUACUUGGUAGCUGUACGAGCCUACAAUCAUACACCCAGGCUCUGGGCUAAUGCGACUCCGUUCGAGCUGCAUUAUGGAUACACUGGGCGACUCCCUGGACAACACCCCGAACUAGAUGACUCUAUCGAUUGGGAUACCCUCAACCUACGGUACUCUACUACGGAUAUAGUUGACUUUGUCCACAAAAACGUCCCCCUGCUCACAGAGGCCCGUGAGAAGAUGAAGACUACCCUCGGUGAGUAUUUGGAACUAUGGCGUAUUAAACAACAGCAUCAUCUCCAACGCUAUGCCACCGAGAGCCCCAAUGACUAUGAGCCCAAAUUGUUUGACUUGAUCUUCACAGCUAAAAAGACCGACAGCAGCAUUGGUAACCACCUUCGAAGCUGCUGGAGUGGUCCGUAUACUAUCGUCCAACUACAAGGCUCGUCCAUGGUUAAGGCUAUACAUGGUAUACUACUGGAAGGCAUUGGCGGUGUAGAAGCAGACGAAGACCGAACUACGGCGAAGAUCCCACGCAUAUAUGGAGCCUCGGAGUCUUACUCACUCAAGAACGUGGUACACGCUAGUGCAUUGCAGUCGGUCAUAAUUAACUAUUACCACCAAUCGCAACGAGCCUAUAUCGACUCGGAUGGUACAUUACGUACUAUGAGGUUGACUACACCUUCCCAACCUGAUGAUGCUAUGCGAGUUGCCAGAGCUCGAGACCAGACUGCACUACGUCAUAUGCGGACGACAUCUACGUCACCACUACAGGAGGGAGAUGCCUCGGACGGACAGCCUACUACACCAGAUGUCUCAACCCCAUGCGUGGACGAAGGCCUCAGUGGAGUUGAGAAUGAUGAUUAUGAAGACAGCUCAAGAAGUUCUCGUACUAGUUGGUUGACUCCGCCAACUCAUACUGCCACACGAGGUGAUUCUGUUGUACUGAGCGAGCCGCCCGAGACCAAUUACGACGAAGUCUCGAUAGACCGACUACGAAACCAUUGUGGGAUAUCGGGUAGGCCUCUCUUCGGUAAAUUUAUGAAUACUAUACCUACCGUGCAGUCAGUUGUGAUAAGCACUACUGCACCUCAUAUUGGUUUAGCGAGGGUAAUUGACGACUCCAUCGGGGGCGAUUAUAUAAAGCUACAAGCUCUGAGUAUGGUUGAAAAAGACGGUAUCAUCACUACCCCCGAGAUUGAGGAGAUCGACCCAUUUAACGUAGACUAUCAUUCUGUCGUCUAUGUGAGACCUACGGCUUCAACGUGGACUAGGACUCGAGGCAAGCAACUAAGGGAACUGCUGACCGACAUUGCCUCCUUCUUACCUCUGGCCUAA